AUGGUGGUUGCGCCCAGCCAGGUGCGGCUCAUCCGCGGCAAUUUCGAAGCAAAAAAUGGAGGCACCGCUUUCGCAGAAGACCUGAAGAGCCGCCAAUACGAUGAAGAAGUGAUCAAGAUGUUCAACAACCUCUUCACCAUGCUUCCAAUGGUCGGGCUCAUCGACGGGCGGAUCCUCUGCGUUCACGGCAUGAUAUCGUUUGAUCUGAACAAAAAAAAUCUUCGGGAGGGCUGGAGAAACGGCGAUCCAUGCCGUGAGAAGACCCACCUGGAGCUAGCAUGGAAUGACCCCUCAAGCCAAGUCGAAGAUUGUGAGCGAAAACCCGAUCGCCCGGAUACUUAUCGCUUGGGUCCAAAGGAUAUCAAGGGCGGCAUGGAGAAGCUGGGCGUCGAAUUCAUUAUCCGUGGUCGUCAGGUGAUGCCGAACGGUGUGCAGCGUUUUGCCGAUAUGCCGGUGGCCACCGUCUUCUCGUCGUCUGGCUACAGUGAGGACAAUCUUGCUGCCGUCCUCUUCGUGGACCCGGAAAAGAACGCCAUCACCCCGAUUUUCCUCGCAAACGAUCGGAUCAAGUCGCAAGAGCAAUUGGACAAGAAGCUGGCUGAGGGAUGGGAGACGGACGGCUACGACCAUGCGCCAGUUCUCCGUUGGUUUGGCCAGAAGAAGAAGAAGGAA